AUCUGCAAUAAACCUUCAGCAAGAUGCUUUUGUAUUGGAUGUAAAAAAUAUUUUUGUUCAAAGGAUUUCAAAGAACAUGAACAACAACUAUCAAUAAAAUUUGAUAGUGACAUAGUAAGUUCUCAUGAUGAACUUCUUUGUCAAAUUCAAAAAUUAGAAAAAUCAAAUUCUUUGUCAUUGGAUCUUUUUGAUCAAAUUGAACAAUGGAAAAGAACAACAAUCAAUAAAGUCGAAAAAGCAGCAGAAAAAGCUCAUCAUCAACUUAUCGAAUUAAUCGAUAAACAAAGAAUAACAAUAAUAAAACAACUUGAACCAAUUACAAACGAAAUUCGUCAUCGUCGAGAAGAAGAUAAUUUUGUUGAAAAUGAUAUUGAUCGACUUAGAACAAAACUCAAUGAAGUCCAACAAAUGCUUAAACCAUUUAUUCAAAAAGAUACAACUAAAAGCAUCAUUAUUGAUAAUGUUCAAAUUGAUUGGAAUCAACUUAUCUACAUUCGAGAAGAACAACAACAACAACCCAACUCACCAGUUCUACUCAAUGGAGAUUUGAAUGUGAAUACAAAAUGGAUCCAGCAUGGUAUCACUGUCGCUGGAAUAAAUGGGCGCGGCACUGAAGUGAGUCAACUUUGCAAUCCAUGGGGUUUGUAUCUUGAUGAUGAUCAAACUAUCUAUAUUGCUGACUGUUCAAAUCAUCGUAUUAUGGAAUGGAAACGUGGUGCGACGACUGGUCGAGUUGUGGCUGGUGGAAAUGGGCCAGGAAAUCGUGCUGAUCAGUUGAACUGUCCUACAGAUGUCAUUAUUGAUAAAGAAAGAGAUGCAUUUAUUAUUUGUGAUUAUGAGAAUAAAAGAGUAGUUCGAUGGCCUCGUCAAAAUGGUACAAAUGGAGAAACAAUCAUCUCAAAUGUUGGAUGUUGGGGCUUGACAAUGGAUGAUAAUGAAUGUUUGUAUAUUGUUGAUUAUGAUAAACAUGAAGUUAGACGUUAUCGAAUGGGAAAACGUCAAGAAACAGUCGUUGCAGGUGGAAAAGGACCAGGAAAUCGUCUUAAUCAGUUGUAUCAACCGACGUACGUAUUUGUCGAUCGAGAUCAUUCAGUUUACGUAUCAGAUUCCAAUAAUAAUCGUGUGAUGAAGUGGAUGGAAGGUGCAAAACAAGGCAUUGUUGUGGCUGGUAAUCAAGGCACUGUCUAUGUGGGUGACAAUGGAAAUCAUCGAAUAAUGCGUUGGUCUCAAGGAGCCACACAGGGAAGUGUUAUCGUUGGUGGAAAUGGUUACGGAAAUCAAUCGAAUCAACUCUUUUGUCCCAUUGGUUUGUCAUUUGACAAAGAAGGUAAUCUUUAUGUGAAUGAUGAAGGAAAUCAUCGAGUGCAAAAGUUCAACAUCGGUCGAUAUUGA